UUUACUACCACCCAAUUGCCGCUCAUAUUCAUAUCGCUUCUUAUCCUAUACUCACUUGUGAGUGCUCGUCAUCUUUCACGCCUACUCAGCACAUUACACAUCAAUUACAAUGUCAUCACCGGCGCGCUCAACGCGGUCGAGUCGCGCUUCGACACCAGCAGACGAUAGCUCCUCGAUCGUGUCGAUGGCCCUCGAAUCGCCAGGGACCAGAAUGAGAAAGCUCAUGGCUGCCUUUGAUGACGAGUCAGACGACGACGCAGGCGUUUCCGUCAGACCAUCCACCAAGCCAACUACCACAACUCAACUCGCAAACGCGACGCGUGCCAGUAACACGUCAAAGGACAAUGAGGACGAGCAAAGUGAAGAGGAGGAUGAGCCAGUCUUCAAGCCAAGAGGUCGAUUGGCUGCUAGAAUGGGAGGUGCAGCAGCUCCACCUAUCCAGGAAGAGUCUUCGUCGGAGGAAGAUGAGCAUGUCUACCAGAGGAUCAGAAAAGACCUCAUGGCCCCGAAAAAGGCACCUUCUGUCGAUAAGUCACCUGUCAAAGUCACACACUCGAUCGAGACGGCUCGCACACAGACGCCUCAACCUAGCCCUCCACGUAAACGACUCGUACAUCGCGCCUCUACUCCCGCAGCUUCAGUCAGAUCAGAAAGCCCCGGCUUGUUCAUGUCACCAGCUCCAGAGGAUAGACGUUCGGUCAACGAGGCUUCGAGCGACUCAGAUUCGGACCUUCCUGCAGACCUAUCAGCACCCUCUCGACUUCGCGAUCUCGUCAAUCGUCGUCGUGCAGAAAGAUUGGCGAGAGAACAGGCAGAGAAGGAUGCAGAAGAGGAGAGUGCUGCCACUGGUCAAGCACCCUUGUCCGACAUGUUCAACGAUGAGGAUACAAGAGACGAGGUCACGGAGCGAACCCUGACACAACACGCAAGACCGACACGCAAAGCCAGUAAGAAGGCUUUGGAAGAGAUGAACAGGGAGACGCAGAGGAUCAAGAGAAACAUGCAGUUGACACAUCAAGCAAAGGUCAAGAAGAGAUUCACCGCCCAGGACUUCCUGUCAGCAUUCAAUCGUCCCAAGACUUCCUCUGGCCUCGCAAACGUUACGAAUGCCGCCGAUGUCACCUCUUCCUCUCCUCCUCCCGAGCCUUUCUCAGAGACUGGCGUCGACAAGGAUCGCGACACCCCUCCGUCGAGCCCACCAGAGAUGGACGACUCCCUGAAGACUCUCCCCGAACAGUCUGUUGACACCACGUCCGCAGACAUGUCUGACGAAGACUUGCCAACCCUUCAUGAAGUCCUAUCCCAGCCAAAGAAAACUGUCGACCAGGCCAAGGCUCCUAUGCGUCAACUUCCUACCAACCCGACAUCAAUCCCGAUCCGCAGAGUCCGUGUCAAGAUUCCCGAGCACAACAUUCUCAACAGGGCCAACGACGACGACGAUGACGAUCUCGUGAUUGUCAAGGACCCUCUAGCCAUCUUCAAUCAAAUCCCCAAGACGCAGACUUCGGAGGGCCGAACGAUGUUGAUGCUCAGACAUCUCGCUCAACUUACCGGUAACGGCGACAAGAUUCGUAGCAAAAAGGGCCAGAAGCCAUCCAUAUCUGCUCAGCAACUCGAGAUGCAACUUCGUCAAAGAGCUCGCGAGAUCGCAAAUGAGGAACGCGCUGCUAGACUCGCAGACCUGCGUGCCAAAGGUAUCGUUGUCCUCACAGAGGAGGAGCGCGAGAGGGAGCAGAUGCAGAUUGAGGACAUGCUGGGCAAGGCUAGAGAAGAAGCCGAUAAGCUGCGCAAGCAGGAAAAGGCCACUGCCAAAGCCAAUGGGGAGGACGUCGGCAUCAGCUCCGAUGAGAGUGAUGAUGGAGAUUACCUCGGCAGUGACGAAGAAGCCCGAGCUUCAGCAGAAGAUGAAGAAGAGGACGAAGAGGAGGAGGUCGAGCUGUCUGGUUCGGAAGAGGAGGAUGCCGCUGACCACGACAUGAUCGAUGCUGAGGCUGGCGAGGACGAUCAAGAAGAGCCCGAAGACGUCGAACAAUCAGCCGCAGAUGGGGCGCUUCAGGAUGACGAGCUUGCACUGCCCAAAGCUAGAAGGGCACGCAGGAAGCACGUCAUUGAAGACGAGGAAGAUGAGGAUGAAGAAGCUACAACAACUCAGCAAGAUGGCGAAGGCAUCAACGACGAGCUUGCGGCUGCCUUUGGUUUCGGACAAGCUCCCUCGGCUCCCAUGGGCAUGUCGCAGAUGUUCGCUGGUACCAUGGACGAUACUCAACCUUCGGGCAUGAUCUCUCAAGAACAAGACUCUCUUGAGAUGCUUCGCCACAUUCCAUCUGCGCCAAUUCCCUCAAUGCCACUCUUUGAGGACUCGCAGGAUGCAGUGGCUGACAGCCAGGUUGGCGCUACUCAGGCUCAGAUGAACGAGCCUACACAACAGAUGGACUUUCAAUUCUCACCUCCUUCUGCUGGCUCGCCUGCAAUCAAUCGCGUGACUCAAUUCUCUCAGAUCCCUGACCCAUCUCAGGAUGUCGGCUUCGACCCUAACAUUACACCACUGGCUGCACGGGUUCACACUCCUUCGUCCACUGUCGAGACUGUCAUGCUCGGAGUUCCAGAGUCACCGAUCGUCCCACGUCGUGGUCGUCUGAUAAGAAGAUCGGAGGUUGUUCAGCAAGUUGAUGAAGAGGCAGUGCCAUCUUCUGCGCCUGCUGUUGUUGAGAAGCCCUCGGAUGCGUUCAGGGUGAUGCGUCAAGCAGCCAAUAAACCCGCUCAGCCUGACUUCGACAAGAAGAAGAGCAAUGCCAAGGGUAUGGUUGACGAACAAGCCGAGGAAUCAGAAGACGAAUACCGUGGUCUUGGAGGUGCCAGUGAGGACGAAGAUGGCGGCUCAGGCGAUGAAGAUGACAAGCAAAUGAUUGAUGAGACCGACGUCAAAGUCGACGAACGUCAGCUUGCCGCUCUUUAUGCAGAGAAGUCGCGCGUACAAGAUGAAGCUCAAACAAGCAAGCUGUACAAGGAUCUCAUGUCUGGAGCUCUCCGCCGCAAGCGUGGCAACAAUGCCUUUGAGCUUGACUCUGACGAAGACGAUCAGCUGGUCGAACGUAGACGCCGCAGACAACGCGAAGAAGCCCGUAAGCGCAAGCUCUUGCUACAGGACGAGACACUAGGUAAACUCGGCAGCAACGACAAGAAAGAAGCCUUCUUGCGUGCCAUCGAAGACAGAGACGAAGCCGACGAUGUCGAUUUCCUGGACGGUCACGAUAUUGACGACGAUGAGGAAAUGGUAGAGACACAGCAGCAACCCUCUGCAUCUCAGCCUGUUGCUUCCCAGACGGGUCAUGACGACCAGUUAACCACCCUUAAGCGUCCAGCCGAGUCUCUAGAGCUCAGCCAGUCAUCUCAGCAAGACCCCCAACCACCCACCAAGAAAAAGGCCUCUGCCCUCCGCCGCUCCAACCUCGCAGACACAUUCCGCAAGCCAAAGUCAUUGGCUGAAGUCCGCGACUCCCUCUCCUUCCUCAUCGACGACCCUUCGAAUGAGGAGUUGGCCUCUGAAAUUCUGUUGUCCUCUGACGAAGAAAGAGAAGUGCGCGCCAUCUCUUCCGAACCCAGAGCUCCUGCCUCUGCACGCAGAGUCCCCGCCAAAACGGACAUUAUCGAUCGUCUCACACUCAAGAAACAAGCUUCCACCAUCGCCUCUGACGAUGGCACUCUCGCCUUCUCCACUGGCUCCCAGGGCAGCCGCGGCAAUGGUAGUUUCUCCUUCAAACCUGCCUCGCUACUCCGCAAAGCCACCACCAAUACCUCGUUCUCGGAAAGAGCCCCUCCGGCUUUGAAUAGAGAAGGCAGCAGUUCGGUCAGAAAUGGCGGUAGUAAGAAGAGCAGUAUCAACUACCAAGCUAGAGAAGCGGAGAGGCAGGAGAUUGUGCAAAAGGCGGCCAAGAGGAGAGAGGAGAAUGUGAAAAAGAUUGCUGGGUUGAGGAGGAAAGCUGGAGGUGCUUUGGGAGCUUUGGGCAGGGCUGGUGGUGGAUUUGAAUAGGUUUUGACAAUAUGGAACAAGGACUUGUCACAAUGGAGUAUUGAGAGGUGUUGU